GUCUUCGGAGCAGAGGUGGCCAUUCAAAAACACCGCAGUGCAAGGAAAAAACCUCCCUCCAUCAGUCUCAGCAAGGCAUCAACCUCUGAACUCCACUUUCUGCCGCCGUGUUCUCAAACAGCCCAAAAAUGGCCCCCAUCUCCAUCAAGACCGUGCUGAUCAGUGAGAGCGUGGAUCCUCGCUGCAGAGCUAUCCUGGAGGAAAAUGGCAUCCGGGUCACAGAGAAGCAGAACAUGAAGAAGGAUGAACUGAUUGCAGAGUUGAAGGACUACGAUGGUCUUGUUGUCAGAUCUGCCACCAAGGUGACAGCGGAUGUCAUCAAUGCAGCAGAUAAUCUCAAAAUCAUUGGAAGAGCUGGAACAGGUGUGGACAAUGUGGACGUGGAUGCCGCCACCAAAAAGGGAAUUAUCGUGAUGAACACACCUAGUGGCAACACCAUCAGUGCUGCGGAGCUAACAUGUACCCUGAUAAUGAGCCUCUCAAGAAAUGUGCCUCAAGCUGCGAUGUCAAUGAAACAAGGGAACUGGGAUCGUAAGAAGUUCAUGGGUGCAGAGCUGUACGGCAAAGUGCUGGGAAUAGUGGGACUGGGGAGAAUAGGAAAAGAAGUGGCCACAAGAAUGCAGUCAUUCGGCAUGAGAACCAUAGGUUAUGAUCCCAUCACACCACCUCAGGUGUCAGCCAGCUGGGGUGUGGAGCAGAUGUCAUUGGAACAACUUUGGCCCCAGUGUGAUUACAUCACAGUACACACUCCCCUGAUGCCCUCUACUGUGGGUCUUCUCAAUGAUGAAAGUUUUGCUAAAUGCAAGAGAGGAGUAAAGGUGGUAAACUGUGCACGUGGAGGCAUCAUUGAUGAGGCGGCUCUGCUCAGAGCUCUGGAGUCUGGACAGUGUGGUGGAGCAGGUCUGGACGUCUUUGUCGAGGAGCCUCCCAAAGACCGCUCACUGGUGGACCACCCAAAUGUCAUCAGUUGUCCUCAUCUGGGAGCCAGUACCAAAGAGGCUCAGGCACGCUGUGGGGAGGACAUUGCUGUGCAGAUCGUGGACAUGGUGAAGGGCAAGAACCUGGUUGGAGCAGUGAACGCCCAGGUCCUGGCCAGCACCUUCUCCCAGGAGUCUCACCAACUCAUCAAACUGGGAGAAGCCGUGGGAGCUGUGCUGCAGUCCUGCAGUACUUCUCAUAAACCACUCAGCCAAGUCAAUGUUAUCUGUCAAGGUGAUUCCCUGAAGUCCUCUGUAGGGUACAUGACGUCAGCAGUUCUGGUCGGACUGUUGGAUCAUGACUCUGGCUGCUCCCCGAACCUCAUCAAUGUGCUGAGUAUGGCCAAGGAUUCUGGAAUCAUGAUUAACCAAACGCACUGUGCCACUGACGGAGCCGCUAACGGUGCGUGUAAGGUGGAGAUCAUGGCCAAUGGCUGCAGCUAUGAAGCCACUGGUACAGUUCAAGGUGGCGUUCCUGUCCUGCUGGAGCUGAGUGGCAGUGUGUUCAGACAGCCGGUGGCUCUCAGUGGGAAUCUGCUCUUCUUCAAGGCCUUGGCCAGUCCUCAACUGCUGUCUUCAGUGGCUGGACUUCUGGCCACGGAGGGUGUGGAGAUCGAGUCCUUCAGCGCUCCUUCUGACCACACUGGUGAUCUGUGGUACUGCGUGGGGGUGUCCUCUCUACUGCGAGACCUCGGUGCCUUGAAGUCGUUGGUUCAGGAGGCUGCACAGGUCACACUGUAGAACCAGUGUGGCAGCAGACUUUGGCCAGUGGCGGGAGGAUGUUCAGUAUCUGAAAGAUCCUCACAGGUUCAGGGUGGUAGGGUCUGGUAAUCAGCUGUGUGUUUGUAGCUAACUACUUGUCUGGGAGUUGAACAUGUGGAGUUGGACUCUUUGAUAAGUUUCCACUCUUGUGAUGGUUUACAUGCACCCUGUUGAACUGGUAGUGAAUGAAAUGUUGUCCUUUUUAUGUGACGGUGUUGAAUAAAACAUACCGACUGAAAUGUUGGGUGAACAUUUUCUUCUACACUGAUUAAAUAAAGAAUGUGCUGUUGAUAUGG